UGCCGGCGGUCCUCGACGACUCGAAACGCCAGUCAGUCUCUGGUCCACUCGAAGCCGCGCUGUUAACCUUCUAUCUCAUCGAACACCGCUCGCCGCAGCCAUGGGUGACAAGCAUGGCCGCUCCGACUCGUACAGGGUCGCAACGAUACCGCAAAUUCGCGACGACAACAAAACGGCCGACGGGAUGUACAAGUCGCGGCGGAAGAAUCCAAAGCGGAAGACGGACAAUUUGGAUGACCUGAAGCAGGAGUUGGACAUUGACUUCCACAAAAUUACACCCGAGGAACUGUAUCAGAGAUUUCAGACGCACCCCGAAAACGGCCUCAGCCAUGCGAAGGCAAAAGAGAAUCUGGAGAGGGACGGUCCGAACUCGCUGACACCGCCGAAACAAACGCCGGAAUGGGUGAAAUUCUGUAAAAAUCUGUUCGGCGGUUUCGCGUUACUGUUGUGGAUCGGCGCGAUCCUCUGUUUCAUCGCGUACUCGAUCCAAGCAUCAACCAGCGAGGACCCGAACGACGACAACCUGUACCUGGGCAUCGUGUUGGCGGCGGUCGUCAUAGUGACUGGCAUAUUCUCGUAUUACCAGGAGAGCAAGUCCAGCAAGAUCAUGGAAUCGUUCAAGAACAUGGUACCGCAGAUCGCGACGGUGAUCAGGGAGGGCGAGAAGCUGACGCUGAAGGCGGAGGAAUUGGUACUGGGCGACGUAGUGGACGUGAAGUUCGGCGAUCGUAUACCGGCCGACAUUCGCAUCAUCGAGUCCAGGGGAUUCAAAGUGGAUAAUAGCUCGCUGACCGGUGAAUCCGAGCCCCAAUCGAGGUCUCCAGAGUUCACGAACGAGAACCCGUUAGAGACGAAAAACCUCGCGUUCUUCUCGACGAAUGCCGUUGAAGGCACCGCGAAGGGUGUGGUGAUCUGCUGUGGCGAUCAGACAGUAAUGGGAAGGAUUGCUGGCCUGGCAUCCGGCCUUGACACCGGCGAGACACCGAUCGCUAAAGAGAUACACCAUUUCAUCCACUUGAUCACUGGUGUUGCCGUAUUCCUCGGUGUCACGUUCUUCGUAAUCGCGUUCAUUCUCGGUUACCAUUGGCUCGACGCUGUCAUCUUCUUGAUCGGUAUUAUCGUGGCUAACGUACCGGAGGGUCUGCUCGCGACGGUGACCGUCUGCCUCACGCUAACCGCCAAGCGUAUGGCGUCGAAGAAUUGCCUGGUUAAAAAUCUGGAGGCUGUCGAGACAUUGGGCUCAACGUCGACCAUCUGCUCGGACAAGACCGGCACGCUCACGCAGAAUCGUAUGACCGUUGCUCACAUGUGGUUCGACAAUCAGAUCAUCGAGGCGGACACGACGGAGGAUCAGUCGGGGCUUCAGUACGACCGUACCAGCCCUGGGUUCAAGGCGCUCGCGAAAAUCGCCACGCUGUGCAACCGUGCCGAGUUCAAGAUCGGCCAGGAUGACAAGCCGAUACUGAAGAGGGAAGUGAACGGCGACGCGUCCGAAGCCGCUCUGUUGAAGUGCAUGGAGCUCGCCCUCGGCGACGUGAUGGGCAUCAGGAAACGUAACAAGAAAGUCUGCGAGAUACCGUUCAACUCAACCAACAAGUAUCAGGUCUCUAUCCACGAAUCGGACAAUCCGGACGAUCCGCGACACCUUCUCGUGAUGAAGGGCGCGCCCGAGAGGAUCCUCGAUCGUUGCUCCACCAUCUUCAUCGGCGGUAAGGAGAAGGUGCUCGACGAAGAGAUGAAGGAGGCGUUCAACAACGCUUACCUGGAGCUCGGUGGCCUUGGUGAACGUGUGCUCGGCUUCUGCGACUUCACACUGCCGUCCGACAAGUUCCCGAUCGGCUUCAAGUUCAACUGCGACGACCCGAACUUCCCGGUCGACGGGCUCCGCUUCGUCGGCCUGAUGUCUAUGAUCGACCCGCCGAGGGCUGCGGUGCCCGACGCGGUCGCCAAGUGCCGUUCCGCCGGCAUCAAGGUCAUCAUGGUAACCGGUGACCAUCCGAUCACUGCCAAAGCCAUUGCCAAAUCUGUCGGCAUCAUCUCUGAAGGUAACGAGACCGUCGAGGACAUUGCUCAACGGUUGAAUAUCCCGGUAUCCGAAGUCAAUCCACGCGAGGCGAAAGCCGCCGUCAUCCACGGAACCGAACUCAGGGAACUGAACUCCGACCAACUGGACGAGAUCCUCAGGUACCACACCGAAAUUGUGUUCGCCCGUACCUCGCCACAGCAGAAGCUCAUCAUCGUCGAAGGCUGCCAGCGAAUGGGUGCUAUCGUCGCUGUAACCGGUGACGGUGUGAACGAUUCUCCCGCGUUGAAGAAGGCCGACAUCGGUGUAGCAAUGGGUAUCGCUGGUUCGGACGUGUCCAAGCAGGCGGCCGACAUGAUUCUGCUCGAUGACAACUUCGCCUCGAUCGUGACCGGUGUCGAGGAGGGUCGAUUGAUCUUCGACAACCUGAAGAAAUCCAUCGCGUACACCCUCACCUCGAACAUACCCGAGAUCUCACCCUUCCUGGCGUUCAUCCUUUGCGACAUCCCUCUGCCUCUCGGUACCGUCACUAUUCUCUGCAUCGACUUGGGAACGGACAUGGUGCCAGCGAUAUCCUUGGCGUACGAGCAUGCGGAAUCGGAUAUCAUGAAGAGAAGACCUCGUGAUCCUUAUCGGGACAAUCUCGUCAACGAAAGGCUUAUUUCGAUGGCGUAUGGUCAGAUCGGUAUGAUCCAGGCAGCCGCCGGUUUCUUCGUCUACUUCGUGAUCAUGGCUGAGAACGGGUUCCUGCCUCUGCAUCUGUUCGGUAUCCGGAAAAUGUGGGACUCGAAGGCUAUCAACGAUCUCCGUGACAGCUACGGCCAGGAAUGGACGUACAGGGAUCGUAAGACGCUGGAGUUCACCUGCCACACAGCCUUCUUCGUUUCGAUCGUUAUCGUCCAGUGGGCCGAUUUGAUCGUUUGUAAGACGCGACGUAACUCCAUCAUCCACCAGGGAAUGAGAAACUGGGCCCUGAACUUUGGUUUAGUGUUCGAGACCGCCCUCGCCGCGUUCCUAAGCUACACACCCGGCAUGGACAAAGGUCUCCGCAUGUUCCCUCUCAAAUUCGUCUGGUGGCUGCCCGCCCUUCCCUUCAUGUUCGCCAUCUUCAUCUACGACGAGACGAGACGAUUCUACCUCCGCCGGAAUCCAGGAGGCUGGCUCGAGCAAGAAACUUACUAUUAAACGCGAUGGAGAAUUUAAUCAUACACGCAGAGCGCGCGCGCAAGAGUUACAAGAGCGAGAGAUGCAGAGAGAAUGAUGAGAGAGAAAGAGAGAGUGAGAUAUGCAUAUUACCCACGCAAAUAUACACAGAGAGAAACUAAUAAGUAAAAAAGAAAAAAAAACAGAACAAAAAAAAACCGGAUAUGCGAAAUAAAACCGGAGAGAAGGAGGAAUAUAGUGAAACAACCAAAAAACAAAUGGCGAGAAGAGAGGAAGAGAAGAGGAAGAUGAGAGAUCACUCACGUUAAAUACACACACAAACACACACACACAUAUAUAUAUGUGUAUAUAUAUAUAAAAAAUAUAUAUAUAUAUAUAUAUAUUUUAUCAUGGGGCGUGCUAUUCGGGUCUAAUCGUACUGUCGCGUGAUGACGAGAUUAUUUUAGAUGGGGAUAAUUCGCAUCAGCUGGAGCCGAAUCGUCGAACGAAAACCAUCGCCACUCAGUCAUUACAAUAUAAUAGAGUGUCUUGCUGUUGUUUCGUCGAAGAAACAAAGAAGAAAAAAAAAAAAGAAAAAGAAACGCUUCUCGCGUGGGAGUAGACAAAACGUGGCUUGCGAGAGCACUCUCAUUUUAGAUGUUUGCGCAAAGUACAAAACGAGAACACGAAACGUGUAAGGGAAGAGGAUAAAUGUGGGAAGAACAGGUGUACGACGAGAAAAAGAUAGAGAAAGGGGAAGAAACGUUCGUCGUUCUGGCUCUGCGAGUUGCUUGCACGCGCGUGCCGGUGUAUCAUUAAAACAGAGAGAGAGAGUGAGAUCGUCGUUCGAGAAACAUCGAAAGAAUCGACGAAGACAACAACAAAAAUAAAUAAAUAAAUAAAUAAAUAAAAUAAAAAGGGUUCUACGAGCAACGUCGUCGGGAAGAUUUGAAGCUUCCGGGUACACACACGUCUGAAACGAAUUCACGAGGAUUAUGAGGGUCUGGCGCUGCCAUCGGAUUAUCGACGAACGUAUCGAGAAACAAGAAAAUGAACGCAGUAGGGCCUAAGACACACACAGAGCGUAAGAAGGAAAAUGAAAACAAUAAAAACGGCGUAGGACGGGAGUCACCGAGGAGGCGAAAGAGAGAGACUGUGAAGUAUGAAGAGUACAAGCCCGGCCAGUAGGACACCCGUGUAUCUUUUUGGCAACGGAGGGAUACUGAAAAAAUGGCGACAAAUCGUCGGAUAACGCGCACGUCCGCAUGAACGUCGACGGGUGUACGACAUGAAUGAACCUUUUUAGAGGAGAGAAAAAAAGAAACAAAAAAAAAUUAAAAAGCGGAUAAUUUAGCAUCGAUGGAGCAUUCCGUAGACGUCUUGUGAUAUCAGAGAAAAAAAAAAAAAAUAUUCAUAUAGGCAUCCCGUUAAGUAAAAGGAGCAAAGAUCACUGCGCUAGAUUGGCACACCCUUGUUAAGAGUUUAAAAGAAAAAAAAAAAAUUAAAAAAUGCAAUGUAGUCACGGUAUAAAAAAAAAAAUAAAUAAAUAAAUAAGAGCGGUAUUAUAAAUGUUACAUUGAUGCAGAAGUUUAAGAAUCGAUGACGAGAAUAUCAUUCGCAGUCGAAGCACACGAAAGAAAAAAACGUAUUUACAGAUAGACGUCUCGUGACACCUAACAGUCUUAAAUAGAAACUUCUUAAUUGCUAAUUAAAGGAAAAAAAAAUAAUAAUAAUGAUGAAAAAAACGAGAAAAUCAGUACGCUAGAUUGGCACGCCCUAGAAGUUAUUCAUACGCGACAGAGAGAAAAAGAGAGAGAGAAAGAAAGAGAGAGAGAGAGAGAGAGAGAGAGAGAGAGAGAGAGAGAGAGAGCGACGGAGAGGGAGCAAGCGAGAGUAUGUGUGUGCGUGUGUGUAUGUGUGUGUGAAAGAGAGAGAGAAUAAGAGAGAGAGAAAAUAAAUAAAAAAAAAGAACCUUAAAGAAAUUUAAAAAAUGAUGAAAAAACAGCAAAAAAAAAAAACAAAGAAUAAGAAUACAGAAAUAAUGAAAGCGCGUUUACAGUACUCAUUAUUAUUCUUAUUACAAGUAAUGUCGUUCGGUUUGAGUCUUUAAAAUCCGAGUAGCUAUCGAAGAAGCCAGAAGUCGCAUCGUGUAGAUAUUCUAGUAGUUUGUGAGUCUCUGUAUGAGAAUCGCUACGCGAUAGAGAAACGGGCCAGGCAUGGACUACAAACGGAACAAAAGGAAAAGAAAAGACGAAAGGAAGAGGUAAAAGAAGAAAUAGACGCGCGGGGGCGAGCACGGGGAACGAAGGCAGUAUAGUAACUAUCGACCGAAUCACUAUCAACGGAUCUUACGUAUCAAGAUACAUAUAACGUCGAUAAACGAAGAAACAAAGAAGAAGACAAACACAGUCAGAAUAGAGAAGAUAUACGUUGUUGUAAAUCGCGCGCGAGUAAAAUGGUAAAGCGGUGGCCGCGGCUCUGGUAGGCCAUUGAACUGGACGACCUGCGUGCCAUCGCACUAACCGGCGAAACUGGACAAAAAUGAAUUACGAAAAUGUUAUUAAUUAAAGUAAGAAAAGGAAAAAAAGAGAUGGCGAGCUAAGUAGACAUUGCGAGAAUUUAAAAAUAGUCGCGCAACUGUGGGGGCUACGAUAGUCGAGGUAAGGGGAUAUUAAAAAAAAAAAAAAAUGCUAAUAGAGGAUGAUAACGACGUAGAGGAAGCACAGAGUAAAAAAAAAAAAAAAAGACGGAACCGAGAAAAAAAUGCAAGCAGAUGAAAAAACGCAGUUAAAAAAAAAAAAAGACAUUCUUACUUAGGCGAAACUAAAAAGUAAAGGGAAAAAAAAAAGGUAUAAAUUCAUUCUCUUAGUUUCUUCAUAGGUUUAAAAAAAAGAAAAAAAAAAAGAAAAAAAAAACGCCAGCGGGACAGCUCGCUAUAAAAUCAUAUUUGACCCCCGAACGCAGAACGCCCUGUACCACUAACCCGCGGUCUGUCGUGUGUAUGUGUGUGUCAGUAUCGAAACAACGCCCCCUCGAGUUCUUUUUAGGAGCAACAACAAGCCAUCGACAGCAACACGAAAAAAGAAAAAUUUAGAAAAAAGAAAAAAAAGAGAAAAAAAAAAGUGAACAAAACGAACGAAGGUGACUUAAAAUGCCUGCCACGCGACUUUUCGGGCCGGGACGAUCCGAGACGUGCGAUCAUAUCAGGUCUUGUUUCGAGCUUCUUCGAUGUGAAAAGAGAAACACACCAAGCAUACCGGGUAGAAAAAAAAAAAGGAAAAAAGAAAAACGUUAGAAUUGAAGUUUUCGUUUCUCUUCUUUCGUCUCUUUUUUUUUUUUUUUUUUGUCGAUUUUCAAGAUCCUUGUUGCUCGCUUUCGCGGCUUUUCGAUGUGUACGCGCGCGCGCGCAUGUGCCGGCAACGUUAGUGAAGAGGGCGCUUCGUUUCGAGUUUCGAGCGGAGAAUCCGGGGGGGCGAAGCGUUAAAGUAAGUGGCAAACUAUUUAGCUUGUCGACUAAAUUUCAUCGUCGUUUGCCAAACCUGACCCCGAAAAAUCAACGAACAGCCUCGGCGUGUCUGCCACGUUCUCUGGUUCCUCUGGUUCUGCACGAAUCAAAAGGCGAACGGACCGUCGAGGAUUCAGGUAGACGAAGGGUGACGCUCGCUCGGCGGCCCUGGCCCCAAAACUACCCUAAGUGUUCAAUAGUCGAGGUGUUCUCGAGGUGCCGUACACGCGCAACACGUUCUUCGCUCGCCAAUUUCCCCCCGAAUUUUCACCAUGUUCGCGAAUCGAAGAAAAAGACCCAAUAUAUCCCUCGCGGGUUACGACGUUCCUCCAGCCCUUCCGAUGAAUUUUCUCUGUUGUGCGCGCGAAGGGCUGGUUGAAUUUACUUGGCCCCUCCAUUCACGUAAAAACACUACGUUGAAUCUUGACUUUCUCUCCAAUUCAAUCGAAAAAUUCGGUGGGAGCCGGCGAAAACUUUAACCGAAUCGUUUUUUGAGACACGUGGAUCGUCACUCGAAUCCAAUACCGACAAACUCCUUGAAAGGAACCGGAACAGGAAAGAGAAAGAGAGAGAGAGAAGCGAGAAGGAGAGCAGCAGUGUACCGUUGCGCGUUGCUCGUCGAACUCGGACUUGGAUUACAGCCCGAUAAAAAGAAAAAAAAAAAAAAAUACACGAAAUGUUCACAUAGGGAAAAAACAAAAAAAAAAAACGUCCCCAGUUUUCUUCUUCUCCAACGCGGAGAAGUAAGAUGCUCGAAAAAUGGAAAAGGAAAAAAGAAAAAAUAAAAAAAUAAAAACGAAUCAGCCGUUACAGUGCUAGGUGUUGAGAAGCAGAGAGUUGUUCAAUGUUACUCCAAUUAAUUCCGUUUUCGUGGUGUUUUUUUUUUCUUUUUUGGUUUCGCGUUGCGGGACAGUGUGUACCGAUAGCUCCGUGUGUCUGUAUGUGUGUAUGUGUGUAUGUGGGCGCGUGUGUUGUUCGAGAAAGAUCGAUCAUUCCUGUCACAACGAAAUCGAAC